UCCGGGAAUCGUUUGUUUAUUGGUGUACACAUUGGUGGUGACGUCACUACGAACAUGGCGCUGGGGUCGGUCAGGAAUUGUUUCGCGUCCUUUGCGUUUGUCGGCAGAAGCUUGACGUCGCCGGAGAUUACAACUGUUUGCUGCUACCACAAAAAAGUGGUGGAUCAUUAUGAAAACCCAAGAAAUGUUGGCUCUCUGGAUAAGAAGGCGAAGAAUGUGGGGACUGGUUUAGUAGGAGCUCCUGCCUGUGGGGAUGUCAUGAAACUUCAGAUUCAGGUUGAUGAGGAGGGAAAGAUAGUGGAUGCCAGGUUCAAAACGUUUGGUUGUGGAUCAGCAAUCGCUUCAAGUUCCCUGGCCACAGAAUGGGUUAAAGGCAAAUCGGUUGCUGAAGCUAUGGAAAUUAAGAACACCGAUAUCGCCAAGGAACUGUGUCUUCCACCGGUAAAGCUUCAUUGCUCUAUGCUUGCAGAGGAUGCCAUCAAGGCAGCGCUGGCGGACUACAAACUAAAACAGAAGGAUGAGAAGAAAGUGUUGAAGGCUAAUAAUUAAACCGCAUAAUUAAUCUCGAGAGCAAGCAAAUGCUUUAACAUCUUUGCAUCUUUAAGCCCAUGCUGUGCUCCCCAAAACCAAACAUAUCCUUAAAGUAACAUUAUCCUUCUGUACUACUGCUGAGUGUGUGUAACCUCUGCUGAGGAGUUUCAGAUGUUUGCAUUGUCAUGAUUGCUGUGGUGUUGAGAGGAAGCUUUUAUUGUUUUUUGGAUUGAUAUGUGAAAAUGUGGUUGGUUUCUUGAUGUCUUUCUGAAUCACGCACAAAGAUGGAGGCAUUCCUCUGUUUUGUUUUUUUGUUUUAUUAUUAUUAUUAUUAUUAUUAUUAUUAUUAUUAAUCCAUGGAGCGAAACAGCAGGGAUUCAGCAAAACCAAAAAAAUAUGAGCUGUUUAGUGUUAGUACACUUGUAACUUAGAAAAGCAUUUCACCGUUUUUGUCCUCAGGCACUCAAUGAACAUCACAACAGAACACAUCUCUUAAUAAUAACACAUUGAAUGAGGCCAGAGGCAGUUUGUUAAAAAAUGUAUAUUUGUUUAUGUUAAAUGUCCUGUAAAAAUGGCAAUUAUUAAUAUACGCACAACUAAACAAAAUAAUUAAAUGCUGUAUUCUACUAUUAAAGCUUAAACAAAUUAUAAAAACAA